UGGCGCGCCGCGCGGCAGCCAGUGGGAACUAGUCUGCAGCCAGCACGCAGCGAGCCCGGCUCAGCUCUGCCGCCCGCGCCCCAAGAUGGACGCGGUGUACCCCGAACCGCUGUCGCGCCUGCAGCACCGGCGGGCGGUGCGCAAGCCCGUGCACCGCGGCCCCGGCGCCUGCUCGCUGCGCUACCGCACCCAGCCCGUCACCUUCGCAGAGAUCAAGGAGGUAGAUGAAGAGAACAUUGAUGACACAUCUACUGAGACAACUGCAGGUGCAGCUAGCAAAUCCGAACUUGACAUAAACACGAAAUUCGAAGAAUUCUGGAGAGCCGGAAGGGAAAAAGCCAAACAGAAGAAAAAAGCAAAAGAAGCAAAUAAAUCAAAAGUGAUUUCCACUGACUCAAGUCCAUCAUCACCUGAAGACGAUACAGGAAGUGAAAUCAAAAAUUUGACACAGACUUUGUCAAGUCAACGGCCAUCUAUCUGAGAUGUUCAGAUACGAGAAACCAAAUUUUUCCUGAGUCUGUCUCAUGAAGUUGAGAAUAUAAACUUAUGAGUGAUGACUGGUUGCUGCAAAUCUUGCAGCACUUUUUUUAUGGCGUGUGACAGACACUAAUAUUUUACAGUCAGAAGAAAUAUUUGUCAAUGUGAAGAGUGCAGAGCAAUUAUUGUGGGCACUGUGAUAGUUUUUUAGAUGGCUCCUCUCGAAUCGAACCGAAUGACUAAUACGAAUAUUUUGAUUACUCGUUUUUCACUUAUGUAUUUCUGCACAUAUUUAUUUCAUUUUUAUUUUUAUCACAGUAAGUUUAAUUUUUGACCAUAAAAAUGAAAACAUCUCAUUCGAAGAAGCUGUUGAUAUAACCGUGUGUUACUUAAAUUUAACUGACAAAUUUUAUUUAUAUUAUUUUGUAUUUGAUAAUGUAAAAUUUAUGUGUGAUAUCAGAGGAAUUAUAUUUUCAUUGUUGACAGAACUGAAUGGUACUGAAUGAAUCUGCAAAAUCUUGGAAUAAAUUUAGAUCACAAAAAUUGGUAACUGAUUUUGAAUUUUUUAAUGACUUUAUUUUCUGUCAGUAAUUGACUGGAGUUAAAGAUAUUUCUUAUUAAACAAUAAAGUAUGAAUUACCAAUCAGUAUUUAAUGUGUUAAUUUAGUACAUGUUUGGCUCUCAAGGUGUAAAAAACAGUUCACACAUACCGGUAUGUCUUACUGGCUAUUUGUACAAAGAAGUGCUACUAUGUACAAACAUCUUUCCAUAAUUUGUGUAUAUAGCUCAUAACAUGACUAAUACCAUGACUGUUCCACAUUUUUUUUCUUUUAAGUUUUCCGCAAAUAUACAUGUUGACUGAUAGUUACUGUAUAGCAGAAUGUAUCAUAUUUGUUAACAAAAUAACAUCACUUUUGUAGCAUAUGAAUUUGUUGAUACUUGUUUAAAAUACAAAAAAUUUGUAUUAUU